UACUCGAUAUUUCCUAAGGUUGCUCGCAGUUCGGUCGGUGCCACGCGGAGGUAGGGGAAGAAGUUGCUUGACAGAGGCUAGUGAUCUCAAUGGGAUCUGUAUUGCACGAAUACCCCAGCCUUAUAUGAAUAGAUAAACGAAAUCAAAAUAGUAUACAGAUUUUUGUUUGGCGGUUGCCCACAACGGUACUUUUACUUCGUUGCUCUGUGAGGAUGUUUGCACUGUGUAUCAUAAACUAAUUCUUCAUAUCAGUAUUUAUCUCUAUCUGACAUGGCGAAACAGAUUACUGAUGUAUCUUGCUCCACUGAGAUGGGAACCCAGUAAACGGACAUCUUACGUUCGUUGUAGAAAACUAUCCGUUUGUUGCACUAUGAGUUCGGAAGUUAUCAAUUUGGAUUCAAUCAAUAGGCAAAAUGAAAUGGAAACGAGUGAAUAUGACUUGUCACAGACACGAAGCAGUAAGGUGAAACGAGUUCUUCGGUUUAUCUGUACAAAGGUUUGCGCGGGGAUUAUAAUUGUAGGAAUCAUUUCCAUAGUUAUCGUGUGCGUUGCUUUUCUCGUCAGCUAUGAAAAUGAUACAGAAGUGACUCUUACAGUUGGCGUUUUGAAAAAGGAUUUGUCACCAGAACAAGACGUCUGGUUCAAGAAAGCCCUAGAAGACCUGGAAAGCGCGCUCAACGCCCAGAUAAAUACGAAGAAAGCUCAAAACGUCAUCAUGUUUGUAGUGGACGGAUUCGAACCGGAAGCCAUCAGUUUGGCACGUGUUCGAAAGUAUGGAACAAACGGUACAUUCACGUGGGAGCGUUUUCCGCACUUGGGCAUUUCGCGGUGGAACAAUAGAUUAGCAAUCGGUACGGCGAUAUUUGGAGGCGUCGGAGCUCAUACGGGUACCUCGGGGGUGGAUUCCAGCGUUCGCCCGAACAAUUGCCUACGACUGGCCGAUGAUCGUACGCAUGUUGAAUCAAUCCUUUCGUGGGCACAGGAAGUCGAUUUGAAAACCGGAGUUGUCACCAAUGGAGAUAUUCGCAAAGGCACAACAGUGGCUUUGUACGCCCACAUUGCCAAUGAUAGCUGGGCUUGUCCAUCGAUGCUCCCUGAUCAGACACAGAUCCCUGGAUGUCUGGAUGCUGAGACACAGUUGAUGUAUGAAUUACCUGGCAAGAAACUUGAUGUGAUAAUGGGCUGGAACGCCGUUGAGGCAGCAUGUGAUUCUGAACAUACUUUGCAAAAAUCGUGGGAAGAUGAUGACACCCUAAACGCCGAAGUACCAUCUGAUUUCUGGACAAAAAUAACCGAUGGUGAUACUGAAUACAUUCGAGCGAUACUUCCGGAAUCGCUACGAUUCAACGUUUCUUUGCAGGCAAUGAUCAUAAAAUCAUUGCAGGUUCUGACCAAGGAAUCUGACGGAUUCGUUCUGGUAGUUAUAUGUGAACCAACCAGCGCAAGUGCUACAGGAAACGACAUCAAUGAAUUAGAGGAAUCCGUUAAAACUACAAUGAGCUUCUUAGGGAAUUCGUUAGACGAAACGUUGAUUAUUACCACAUUUACUCCGUAUUUCGAACAGCAACAGGACAUUUCAGAAGAUGAAUCAAGAGACUCGUUAAUUUAUGCAACAGGACCGAUGGCACACCUUUUCCGCAACGUACACGAUCCAACCUUCAUAGCCCAUGUUGUAUCGUACGCAGCUCGGUUGGGAAGAUUUCGCGACAGUUUAUUGGCCAAUUCGUUGCUGCAGUGGUUUUAAAUGUUAAAUGAUAAUUUGAAGUUAAUAAAAUAAGAAGUAAAAAAACAA